AUGGAUGAUUUGCAGGAGGCUGUCAGCCUUGCUCAAACAGCCUUGGACGCUACCCCAAAAAACCACCCUGAUCUUCCGUUGCGGUUACAUUAUCUGGCGAAUGCCCUGGAGACCCGAUAUGAGCGAACUGGAAGUUUGGAAGAUUUGCAGGAGGCAAUCCGGCUAGAACAAAUAGCCGUUGACGCUACGCCAGACGACGACCCCGAUCUGCCACACUGGGUAAAUGAAUUAGGGACGUACCUAUUACAUCGAUAUCAUUGUAUCGGAGACUUUAGUGAUUUACAGGAUGCAGUGGGCCUCAUCGAAAGAUCUGUGGAUGCUACCCCGAAAGAUGAUGACUAUGUAGCGUUACGGUUAAACAAUCUAGCGAGCGCCCUUUCAACCCGAUAUGAUCGAACUGGCAACUUGGAAGAUUUGCAAGAGGCGAUCCGGCUAGCACAAACGGCUGUCGAUGUUACCCCAGAAGAGGACCCUGAUCUAGCACACUGGUUGAAUGAACUAGGGAUGUCUCUAAGAGCCAGAUAUGAUCGAACUAGAAAUCGGGUUGACUUGGAGGAGGCAGUGCGCUUUCUACGAAAGUCAAUCGACUCUACCCAAGAAGGCGACCUUGGUCUGCCAACUCGGCUAUUUAAUCUGGCGAGCAACCUCUCAACCCAAUAUGGUCUAACUAGAAACUUGGAGGAUUUGCACGAGGCAAUCCGCCUGACCGAAACAGCCGUUGAUGCUACUCCAGAAGAUCACCACGAUCUACCGUCCCAGUUGGCCAAUCUCGCGAUCCAUCUGUCAAGCAGAUACGAUCGCACUGGAAACUUGGAGGAUUUACACAAGGCAAUCAGGCUGAACGAAACAGCCGUCGACGAUACCCCAAAAGGUCACUCCGAUCUACCGGUCCGGUUGAACAAUCUAGUAAACGACCUCUCAACCCGGUACGAUCGAACCGGAAAUCUAGCCGAUUUACACAGCGCAGUUCACCUGGCCAAGACGGCUGUCGACAAUACCCCGGAAGGUCACCCCAAUCUAGCGACCCGGUUGGAUACUCUAGCAACCCAUCUCUCAACCCGAUACGAAGGAUUGGGAAAUUCAGACGAUUUGCAGCAGGCAAUCCGGGCUGCCCAAAGAGCUAUCAAUACUACACCGAAUGACCAUCCGGAUCUGGCUCUCCGGUUGAGCACUCUCGCGAGAACUCGCUCCAUCGGUUAUGAGCAAACUGGGAACUUUGAUGAUCUGCAAGAAGCAGUCCGCCUUGCUCAAAAAGCAGUCGACAUCAUCCCGAAAGAUCACCCUAACCUAGCCAUGCGAUUAAAUACUCUAGGGGUCUAUCUAUCAACGCGAUAUGAUCGGACAGGAGACUUGAAUGAUUUACAGCAAGCAGUUCGCUUGGCUAAAAGAGCUGUCUCUGCUACCCCAUACGACUACGACGACCCUGAUGUAGCCCUUAUCUCAAUUAAUUUGGCUGGCUACCUCUCAAUCCGGUAUGACCGAACAGGAGAUCUAGAUGAUUUGCAAGAAGCAAUCCGGCUAGCAAAAACAGCUAUCGAUACUCUCCCAGAUAACCAUCCUGACCUAGGACACUGGCUAAAUAGUUUAUCAAUUUUCCUCUCCAGCCGGUAUCAUCGAACUGGGGACUUCAAAGAUUUACAGGAGGCAAUCCAGCUGGCUGAAACAGCUGUCGCCGCUACCACAGAAACCCACUCUGAUCUAGCAAAUCGGUUACUGAACCUGGCUAGCAACCUCGCAACCCGAUUUGAUCGAUCUGGAACCUCGCACUUGGAUGAUAUACAACAAGCGAUUCAGCUUACACAAAGAGCCAUCGAUAUUACACCUAAAGUCCACACCGAUUUACCACAUUGGUUGAACAAUCUAUCUAUUUAUAUGUCAAAAAAAUACAAUCGCACUGGAAAUUUGGUUGAUUUACAGGAGGCAAUUCCAGUUGCUCAAAGGGCCGUCGACAAUACCCCAGAGGAUCAUCCCGAUUUGGCACCCUGGUUGAAUAAUCUAGCGAUCUACCUUUCGAUCCAAUAUGAACAUACACAUCAGCAAAACGAUAAGGCCGCGGCUUUGAAGCACUUCUCACAAUCACUCGAUUCCCACAAUGCAGCUCCGCGCCAUCGAAUCGAAGCUGCCCGUCGAGCGAUCGACCUUCUUGUUCCGGAUGGUGACUUUGAUCGAGCUCAAUUGCUAGCUGGAAGAGCAUUAGAUCUCCUGCCUCUCGUGUGCAGCCGCUACCUCUCCCGAGAGGACCAGCAGUAUGCCAUUCAGCAGAUGUCGGGCCUAGCUGCCGAAGCAUCCUCUCUUCUCCUCCAAACAGACAAUGAUCCAGCCCAAGCUUUAGAAUACCUAGAGCAUGGCCGUGGCCUGAUCAUUGGAUAUCUCAUUGACAGUCGGGGCGAUAUCUCAGAUCUAUCCAUUAAGCAUCCCAAUGAAGCGGAUGAGUUCGAUCGGCUUCGUCAUAAGGCUUUUAUGCCUAUUCGAAAAGAAGACCCGCUUGAGACUCGCCGACGUUUGUUAGAAGACCGUGAAGAAGCUGUGAGACGCUUAGAGGACUGUCUAGCGGAUAUACGGAAACUAGAGGGGUUUGAUCGAUUCCUACUUCCCCCUUCUUCCGAGGCCUUACAAGCAAACGCCACCGACGGCCCGAUUGUGGUUGUGAAUGUCACAUCUAUCAGUAGCGACGCCUUGAUUGUUCGUCCUUCUGGCAUCAAGCACAUUCCAUUACCCGAAUUUGGUAUAUCGAAGGCUAAUCAAUAUCGAUCCUGGGGAUUGACCCGUAGCCCAUCGAGAUUGAUUGAGCUGAAAGAGACAGGAGGGCCGAAUACCUUUGAACAGCUUCUACGUGAUUUGUGGUCCGACUGUGUUAGAUUGGUGCUAGAUGAGCUAGGGUUUCUAUAUCCUGCAAGCGACAAUGCACUUCCUCGCAUUUGGUGGAUUGGAACGGGCCUUGCUGCCUCCCUUCCCUUCCAUGCGGCGGGCGAUCAUUCACCAGGCUCACUCGAGAAUUCCUUAAGUUGCGUCCUUUCCUCAUAUACACCAUCAAUCAAAAUGCUACAGUUCGCAAGGGAAAAGACACAUGUCACAGUCGGUGCACAGUCGGUGUUGCUAGUCACAAUGCCGAAAACUCCUGGUGAAGAUGAUCUCCCUGGCGUGAUGGCGGAGAGCCAAGCAAUCCAGGAAGCAGUCACCACACCUCAUACAGUAAAAGCAUUGAUUCAGCCUAGUGCAGAGGUAGUUAUCCAGGGACUCCAAGAUUGCAGUAUCGCUCAUUUUGCCUGUCACGGAUCGUCAGACAUGCGCGAUCCCUCGAACAGUUUUCUGGCUCUUCAAGGGCAAUCCGAUUUAGCUGCCGACCCUCUUACAGUCAAGACGAUCUCCGAGUCCCAUAUGAAGCAAGCAUGGCUUGCAUACCUUUCUGCCUGCUCCACUGCGGAGAACCAAAUAUCUGAAUUGGCAGAUGAAGCUCUUCAUCUUGCGAGCGGUUUUCAGGUGGCGGGCUUUGCACACACAGUUGGGUCAAUGUGGUCAUCGAACGAUGAAAUUUGUGUACAAGUGGCUGCCAUUUUCUAUCGUGAGCUCAUCACCGAGGGUGGGUUGGCGGAGGGCAACCGGGCUGUCGCAACGGCUUUGCAUACGGCUGUGAUGACUGUCCGCGAACAAAAUUUGAGAAGGCCAUACCUGUGGGCCCAAUACGUUCAUUUUGGUGCCUAA